AUGGAGAGUAUCAAGGUUCGAUAUGAUGGGUCUGUGAGGAACGAGAUGGAUGAAGUUGUGCAGUUCUUGUAUGGCGAGGAUGGUAUGACUGCCGAGUAUAUAGAAGACCAGGAUAUUGAGUUGAUGAAGAUUAGCCAUGAGAGGCUGGCAGCUAUCGCUAAGCAUGAUUAUCUCAAUCCUGAUUAUGGUAGAGGAUGGAUCAAGGAUGAGAGGGUCCGCAGUAACAUUCGGAUGAACCAUGAAGUACAGGCGGUACUUGAUAGAGAAUUUGAGAACUUGAAGGAGAUGAAACGACUGCUAU